GUGUUAAGUUGGAAAAUGAUUAUGAUGGAUUUUUUACCGACAUUAUGACACGGGGAUAUUUACUUGAUGGCGGAGAGGAAAAGAAAAACCCCAGACUUAUUUAUGAAAGGCAAGAAGGAUAUGUGAAACAAGGCGGAAAUGAAUGGGACACCUACGAAGCGGAGGAGGAUUACAUUGAGAAAGAAAUAAUAACCAAAGAAAGAGGCGACACCGCCACAAUUGACGGAAUAGAUGUAGCGACUGCGGGGAGACUUCAAAUAUGCUCUAUUUUUGGUAUUAGUUCUAUUAAUGGCGGACAUAGCGGAAUAAUGAAUAAAACCGAGAAACGGGAUUACUUUAAAGAAUUAUGUGAAAGAACCUUAAUAACCCAUGGAGAAACUGAAACCAAGAAAAUUAUUAGAGAAAGUAUAUUUAAAGAAAAGAAAACCACGACCCAAGAAAUAGAUGAGGAAAAAUUGGAGGAUGAGUAUGAUAUUGAGGAUGAAAUGUGCGGAGAGGAGGAAUUGGGCGAAGGCGAAGUAGAACAGGAGGAGGCCGAACAAGGCGAAGGCGUAACCAAUGAAAAAGACCGCGAAAGAGAACAGGAACGCGAGAAAGAGGAGGAAGGAGAAAAAGAAGGCGAGAAGGAACAAGAAGGCGAAAAAGAGGACGAGACCGAGAAGGAGGACGAAAAAGAAAAGGAAAAAGAGAAAGAGAAGGAAAAGGAACGGGAGAAGGAGAAAGAAAAAGAGAAAGAACGGGAAAAAGAGGAGGAGAGCGAAAGUGAAGGCGAGGACGAAGGAGAAGGUGAGGAGGAAAAUGAGGCAUAA